AUGAAAAAGAUUUUUGUUGUUGCUGUAUUAACCACAUUGGCUAUUGGUACUUUUGCCACAACAGACAAGGAUGUCCAUGCUGAGAUCUUAAAAUUCGAAAGCCACAUAGACCACAAUGGUAACUACAACUAUGUCUAUGAGACCUCGAAUAGUAUUACAGCCGAGGAAAAGGGUACCGGUGGUAAAUUUGCCAAAGGUGGUUACGCCUAUUAUUCGCCCGAAGGCGAAUUAAUCCAGAUGGCCUAUGAGGUUGAUGAGAACGGCUUUCAUCCCAAGAGUGAAAUUUUGCCCACUCCACCUCCGAUUCCAGCUGCAAUACUGAGGUCUUUGGAAUACAUCCGCACCCAUCCUCAGAAAGAUGAUCAUUAG